GCUGUGUGAGGGGGAAGUCGUUGCCGGUGUCACCCCGAUUUGGGGAUGAGGGGAGAGAAGCGUGGGAACUCGCGGUGGGCCCUUCUUCAGAUACACAAGAGCUGGUGGCGGGGGAGAUACAGUCCCUCCUCCCCGGGCGCCUCUCCCAGCUCCUUCUCGGACGCCCGCCGCUGCUGGUAGCCGGGGGAGCCCGCCGGCGGCGCACCUCGCGCCAAUUCUCGAAUGAUUCUACGGCGGGCGCGGCGCGCGGCUGCAGAGCAGGGGCCAGCUCCUGCGCAGUUGGCGUAGCGAACGGCGCCCGCGCAGGCGCAGGAGGGGGCGGAGCAGCGGGAGAGCCGGGGAGCCCGAGGCCGGGGGUCCCGGCCACCAGCGCCGCGGCCCGUGGACCUUGGCAUCCGCCUCCUCCCGCCUCCCGCUGCUGGAGAGCGGCCGCCGAGAGAGGGCGGCGGCGUCCGGAAUCCCGAGGACGCUGCCGGAGAAUUAUAGGGGGGGAGAGAGCCCCUCCCCCCUCAGUUGGGGACCGGAGAGCGGGGCCUUCGCGGCACCCCCACCUCUGCCCUGAGCCGAUGGGCCGCCCAGGACGGCUGCAGCGACCCGAGGCCAGCUUCCCCGUGCUUGGCAGCCCCGGCUCCGGGGCCUGCCGGGGGAGAGCGCACUCUCCCACCAUCCUGUCUGCCCUAGAGGAGAGAGAGUGGGAGUGAGAGACCCCCGGUCCAGGCCGCCAGCCCCUCAAGGGCCAGAAUCUCUCUCCUUGAGGGGUAAGGGCCUGCCACGCGUCUCCACACUCCAGCUCCCCAACUCUGCACCUGCGGUACCCCUGUCGUCUGCAUUUAUCUCCCCGCCCCCCAACUCUGUCCCGCAUGCAGGCCCGCCGACUGUCAUGGAGAGCAACCUGUCUGGCCUGGUGCCGGCCGCCGGCCUGGUGCCCGCGCUGCCCCCGGCCGUGACCCUGGGACUGACGGCCGCCUACACCACCCUGUACGCCUUGCUCUUCUUCUCCGUGUAUGCCCAGCUGUGGCUGGUGCUGCUCUACGGGCACAAGCGGCUCAGCUACCAGACGGUGUUCCUGGCGCUUUGCCUGCUCUGGGCCGCCCUGCGCACCACCCUCUUCUCCUUCUACUUCCGAGAUACCCCCCGGGCCAACCGGCUGGGCCCGCUGCCUUUCUGGCUCCUCUACUGCUGUCCUGUGUGCCUGCAGUUCUUCACCUUAACCCUCAUGAAUCUCUACUUUGCCCAGGUAACCGUGGGGGCCGGGGUUGGGGGAUGGCGGGUAAGAAUGACUCCCAUCUCUGCUCCCCAGGUCGUGUUCAAGGCCAAGGCGAAACGGAGGCCGGAGAUGAGCAGGGGCUUGCUGGCUGUCCGUGGGGCCUUCGUCGGGGCGUCACUGGUGUUCCUGCUGGUGAACGUGCUGUGUGCGGUGCUGUCCCGCCGGCGCCGGACGCAGCCCUGGGCCCUGCUGCUGGUCCGCGUGCUGGUGAGCGACUCCCUCUUUGUCAUCUGCGCCCUGUCCCUCGCCGCCUGCCUCUGCCUCGUGGCCCGGCGGGCCCCGUCCACCAGCAUCUACCUGGAGGCCAAGGGGACCAGCGUGUGCCAGGCGGCUGCCAUGGGCGGAGCCAUGGUCCUGCUGUAUGCCAGCCGGGCCUGCUACAACCUGGCAGCCCUGGCCCUGGCACCCCGCAGCCGGCUUGAUGCCUUUGAUUAUGACUGGUACAACGUAUCUGAUCAGGCAGACCUGGUCAACGACCUGGGCAACAAAGGCUACCUGGUAUUCGGCCUCAUCCUCUUCGUGUGGGAGCUGCUGCCUACCACCCUCCUGGUGGGCUUCUUUCGGGUGCACCGGCCCCCACAGGACCUGAGCACCAGCCGCCUUCUCAACGGCCAGGGCUUCGGCUCGCGUUCCUACUUCUUCGACCGUGCGGGGCACUGUGAGGACGAAGGCUGCUCCUGGGAACACAGCCAGGGCGAGAGCACCAGCAUGUCAGGCAGCCUCGGUUCCAGCAGCUGGUAUGGUGCCAUCGGGCGUGAGCCGGGUUGGUGCGGGGCCACCCAGACAAGGACCACUCCCCUGCUCUUCUCCCAGGUGCCGGGAGUGGGCGGCCACCACCACAGUCUCUACUCCACCCCCCAGACGUGACCCACCUCCUGCCCCCUCUCCCGCGAGUACCUAGACCCUGUCUGCCUCCUCGGUCCCCUCUCCCCAGGCCCCUGUGCCAAAUUUACCUGCCGCUUCUUGCCCAGGAUCCUCUCCACUGGGGGCUGUGGCCGCCACCUCCUCUGGCUGGCUCCUUGCUGCUCCCCUCGUAGUGAGCUUGUGUCAUCCCCCUGAGAGGGGGGACACAGCCCUGGUUGCCAGAUGCCCACAGCACCCUGGCAUGAUCGCCACCUCCGCUUCCAGCUGGAGCCAGCUACCUGUACCUGCCAGUCAAUAAAGUGUCUGUGCCCC